GAAAAACUUAAUUAUAAGGAUAAGAAAUUGAAUAUUGGUCCAGCAAUAAGAAAACAGCAAAUAGGGAUUCCUCUGUUUGGAUCCUGUUUCAGCUAAAUAUUCAUAUAUGGAGGUUACCAAUGAAAAAUCUCCCACAAUUUGAAGGUACCUGUGGACAUUUGAAGAUUCAAAAAAAACAUAUAUUUGCUGGAUCUAGCGUAAUGCCAGCAGCUGGAACAAUGUACUUAACUACUUCAACUGGAUAUCCUUAUACUUAUCACAAUGGAGUGGCUUAUUUUCAUACUCCUGAAGUUGCUUCUGUUACACAGCCGUGGCCUUCACGCUCUGUUUCCAGUUCGCCAGUGAUGGUAGCUCAACCGGUUUAUCAGCCUCCUACGUAUCAUUAUCAGGCACCAACACAGUGUCUUCCAAGUCAGUGGCAGUGGAGUGUUCCACAGUCUCCUGCCUCUUCACCUUCAUUCUUCUAUCUGCAUCCAUCUGAAGUCAUUUAUCAGCCAAUAGAGAUUACCCAGGAAGGCGGAUGUAUACCUGCUCCUCUCUCUGUAGUGGAAGCUGCAGUUCCUGAGCCAUAUUCUGAUCAUGGAGUUCAAGCAACUUAUCACCAGCUUUAUGCCCAGAGUGCCAUAGCCAUGCCAGCACCUGUGAUUCAAACUGAGCCAGUUAAAGAACCAAGGUUGCAUUCUGUGAGAAGAAAUUUUUCUCAUCCUUCAUCUGUGAGUCUGAAACCUCGAAAUACACGAAGUCCCCAUUUUCAUCCUAGGAAAGAUUAUAGAGUGGAAGAUAAAAUUCUUACACCACCUUCUUCUACAGAUUCAGUAAAAUAGAUUUUUAGCUAUCUGCCUUGCUAAUGUAUUUGUCACACGGAGGGUAUGCAGUUCUUCAGCUUCUAACAUUUGCCUGGAUGUACCUAAACUGAAACGUUACCUAGAGGAAUGAAGUGAAAUCUUGCAGUUUGGAUGGGCAAACACAUGAAAUGCAGGAUAAAAUCAUGGUUUCCUUUCUUAAUAAAAAUACCUUUACAGGACAGAAUUGUAGUUUGUGAUAUACAGACCACUGUAUAUACCUUACUUGCUAACAUGGACUGAAAAACAGCAUACUUUUAUUAAAGGGAAAACUUAACAUUUCACUUCUGGACGACAUAAAUUAAAAGAUACAUUAGUUGCAAAGUAAAAGCCACUUUCCCGCAUAUGGUCAGCGUUUACUUGUUGUGGAUUCAAAUCUGCUUAUAUAAAUCUAUGUGCGUUGUGUUUCAAUUCCAGUAUAGUUUGUAUACUUUUAAUUUUGCUGCAAUCAGAAUUUUCUGCUUUUGUAGGAUGUUUUUCUUAUGUGUCAUUUUAGCAUUUAGGAAUAAUAAUUUUUUGAAAUAAAAUUUGGGCCACUAGAUUAAUAAUUACAUGUCUUCAUAGGAGGCUGACAUUUUUCUUAAAUAUGGCAAACAAUACAUUUUUGUUUAUAGUGUGUUUUUAGCUAUAGAGAAAGGCAAGAGUUGACUUAUAUAUUAUAAGACCACUGGAAACUUCACCUUGCUUCUUUGAAUUUCUGUUGUCUAUGCAAAACUGAAGAACUCCUUGACAGUAUCAUGUCUUGAGAUGGAAUACUACUUUCUCCUCAACUACAGGAAGAUACUUUUCCUCUUCUUUCCUUGCCUCCUUCCCUUCCCCCUGAAAUCCUGCUAUAUUUCGUAAAAGUGAAUCCUAAAAGGUUAAAACUCAGCCUCUGUAGUUAAUAGGAGUACAACCUGUGGCUUAUUGCUUAUGUAGCACUGAGGUCUUUAUUUUAUGUAUGUAAAAUACCCUUGAGCUUUUAAUUUUUCAUCUGCUCUGUAGUAAUUUCCUAACUGCAUUCUGAGGUUUUCGUUUUUUGUCACAUGGGAUCUUGCAGAGUGGGCAUUAUAGUCAGUAUUUAAUCCAUGAGUGAUAUGUAAAUAUCGUAUUUAAAGAUGAUUCUAGCAGUCAAUGGCAUUCUUUCUUAUUGUGCUGGGGAAGAGGUGGCGUCCGCUUCUGCUCCUGCACCGGUGAUUGACAGUGUUGUCAGGGGAGACUCCCUAUAGCACGUUACAUUAUUUACAGUCUUGGUUGCAGGUUUGCUCAGAUGGAUUUAUUUGCCCCUUUGGCUGGGCAGAAAAAGAAAUCUACACAAACGUGACUUAAACCUUUUUUGCUUUUAAAAAGGUGUUGCCCUAACAGUUGUGGGAAUUGUUUUAACAAUAAGUAUCAAAAAGAGAUGCAGUUUGUUAGAUUCAUGGGAAUCUCAACCCACUCUUGGGGGCGGGGGGGGAAGCUGUUGUAGAUUGUCAUCUCUCUGGGCCGGUCUGCACAACCAAGAACCCUUGUCCAGCUGUUCUUCUGUUUGAUUUAGAUUUUAGAAUUCAUCAAUAUAAAUAUUUUAAAGAAGCCCUGGCACAUCCUAACAAUAAUUCAUCUCCAUGGGAGUAUUUUUAAAUAGUAAAUGUUUCUGUAAGCUAUAUGCUGUCUUUAAAGCUAGCAGGGAAAGGUUAUGUGUUCUGUUAGAGUCUUAUUUCUCAUAUCAUGAAAUACUUGUGUGACACAGGCUUCGUCAGAUUAGACCUAAGUCCUUAUUUUUGGGAUUUGGAGUUUUGGUUUACCAAACGUGACUUCCCAGUUUUUAAAACACUCUCAAGGUCCAAGAAGUUAAUUUUAUACUGAGUACUAUAUUAAAAAAUGUGUUUACAGGGAAGUCUUUGGAACUAAUCGCUUGAAAGCGUACAAAUACGGUGCAGUCAUUUGCGUGUCUGUCAGAUUAAGUGGCAUUUAAUCUAAAUACUCACAAAUGGUGAUUUAUUUCCAUUUAUCAGGGCGGAUGUUAGAUUGUUGAUACUCACUUGAUCCUGCGGCCUUUGCUUCAGAGGGGGUUUACUUUGUUUUGGCUUACAUACGAACUUGAUCGUUUGGAAGGAUAUGCAGUGUUGGGCACGGAAGGAUACCUGUAACGUUCUGCUGUGGGGACUGUGACUUCGGUCUCAAGGGCGCUUGUGGUUGGGAUUCUGUCGUCAGGGCUUUACUCGCAGUGCUUUGUUUUGAUCUGAGAGGCCUGGAAAAGACCAAGAUGAAGCACUGACUGUUGGCUUUCCUCUAAGAACCACAGAUCACUGGUCAAGUAUUGAGGGGUCCCCACUGAUAUUUGUGUAUGUCGUAGGUUUAUCUUUCUUUAAAAUGUUUGCCAAGAAUGAUGACAUUGUAUGAAUUAGUACUAACCUCACCUUUAAGCUUCCAGUAGUUGGAUCCUUCAUAAGAAGCAAUAGAAGCACAAUAAAUGACUUCUGUAAUUAUAUUAGUAGUGUGUUCCUGUAAUGUGUAAUGAGAAAGAACUGCAUCGUUUCCUCUUGAGUGGUGCCUGAAAUUGCAUUAUCUUGAUGUUUUAGUGUUCAUGGAUUUGUUUUUUUUUUUUUUCUCAUUUCUUAUACUACACUGUAUUACUUUUCUGCCCUUUAAAAUUUUCAUAAUAUGGCGAUUUCUGUGCUUUUUAUACAGAUGUCACCUAGUUGACUCCUGAUCCCUCACUUUGAUUUUCGGGAUUUGGAGGAGGUGAAUGUUCUUUUGGGGCCUGUGCAGUUUCCCAUUGAUAGCUGUAAGGCUUUACGUAUGUGUGCUAGGAGGGAUCAGAUCGCGUUUGGGGCUGUGGCCUGUGGACAUGCAGUUAGCCAACAGAAGAGGCCAUGUGGCAAAUAAUUCCCUUUUCUUCUUAUGUACUGUUUGUCACAUAUUAGUGAACCAAAUUAAUUUUCUGAUUUCCCUGCUGGUAUUUUGGUUUUCUGCUUAGCUAGCUGUUGCAGUACUUCCAACUGAUAUUUAUUUAAUGUUAUCUUUAUAUGGCAAAAUGCUGCUUUUAACAUUCUCCAUUAGGUAACGCUGGAUGUAAACCUAUAGAUUUAGACAGACAGAAAAGUUAUGGAAGUUAUCACUCUCCUAUAGUUUUGCAUAUUUGAUCAAGGAAUAUUUUCUUGCAAUAAACAGAAUUAUCUUGUUCACUAAUGCCUCUGGUACAUGCUACUUCCGAUCCUGAGCACCAGCAACAUAUUCAUCAUCCCUGUAGGGUAGCUUACAUUUUUCAUAUUAAUUGGGUAUGUUUAUGUAUUCUGAAAUUCAUUUUCCAAAAUACUUAACAUUAAGUCAAUGAUUGUCUAUUUCAACUGCAUUCCAGUAGUAACUGAGGAAAAAGUAACAGAACACAUGGCUUUUUCAAAAUGUUUUUUCUCUGUUUUAACAUAGUUCUAGAGUGUGAGAAGUUGUAGGGUGCACUGUUGUACUAAAAUACGUUAGUAGCUUUGUAAUGUUGAAGUACUGCGGUAGUUUCAGUUCACCUGGAAUAAAACUUUCUUCAUUUCUGUUUCCUAUUUUAGUAAAAAAAAAAACAAAAACAAAAACAAAACAAAAAAAAUUAAAAUCAUUUUUUUAAAGAUCCAAAAUAUAAUGCCAACAUAUUGAUACACUUGCAUGAUCUUGCAAGCAGUAGGCAAAUCCUUAUAACCUGUUAUGCAGAAAAUCCAAAUAGAAAUACAGAGAGCAGAACUGCAAUAUGUAACCCUUAUUUUAACAAUGCUUAAUGGUGAGAAUAUUGUUCAUGUUUCUAAUUGUUUUCUAAUUUGAUAGUUGAACUAGAGCAUCCAAUUUUAUUCCAGAACACAUGAUUUUGGUUGAUCAGAUGGCUGUUUUAUUUGAUACUGUAUUCCAGGUGCAUAUAAUCUAGUUACUGUAGCCUUGUUAGAUGAGGUACUGUGGAUGUGCAUAGAGGAAAGAAUAAUAAAUUGUAGAUCUCAUUUUAGUGAGCUGUUUGUCGUUUUAUAAAUCAAAAGCUCUUUGUAUUGAAACUACUUGUAGAAUACAGUAAUAGAAAACAAGUUUCUGUAGUUUGUAACUUCUAGUAACACUCUAGUUUUGUAACUAAAAGUUCAAUUCAAAUAAAUUGGUCCCUCUCUACUGUUUGAGUUGUAACUUGU